GUUCCGGUGUACACCAAAGCCCUGGUCGAGGCGACUCCUUUCAGUGCCUUGAUCUUCGGCUUGAUCCUCGUCCGAGGCCAUUUUGCUUGGGGUCGAGAUCGACUAUGCCUCGACCCUACCGGAGGCGGAGAUUCCAGCAUGGCUCGGGCUUCUGAAUGCCGUCAUCGUUUGCAUCUUUGUUCUAGAGAUCAUCCUCAAGUUGAUCGCUUAUGGCUGCCGUGGCUUCUGGCGGGGGCCGCAGGCCUGGUGGAACAUUUUCGAUUUCUUCAUCGUAGCCGUCUCUGCGUUGGAGACGGUCAUGGAUCUGUGG